AUGUCGGACGCUACUGUUGGCCAGACGAAGCAGUUUGGAAAGGGUCAGCGGACUGUGCCGCACCCGGCCCAGCAGGCUCAGAAGUGGUACCCCGUGGACGAUGAGUCGAAGCCCAAGAAGGUUCGCAAGACUCUGCGUCCCGCUAAGGUCCGCGAGUCCCUCCAGCCCGGUACCGUCCUGAUCCUCCUCGCUGGUCGCUUCCGCGGCAAGCGUGUCAUCCUGCUCAAGCACCUCGAGCAGGGUGUUCUCCUCGUCACCGGCCCCUUCAAGAUCAACGGUGUUCCCCUCCGCCGUGUCAACGCCCGCUACGUCAUCGCCACCUCCAAGCGCGUUGAUGUCUCCGCUGUUGACCAGAAGACCGUCGAGAAGGUCUCCGCUCCCGGCUACUUCACCAAGGAGAAGGCCGCUGAGAAGAAGACUGAGGAGGCUUUCUUCAAGCAGGGCGAGAAGGCCCAGAAGAAGGUUGUCGCCAGUGCCCGUGCCACCGACCAGAAGGCUAUCGACCAGUCCAUCCUUGCCGGUAUCAAGAAGGAGGACUUCCUCGGCAGCUACCUUGCCACUACCUUCAGCCUGCGCAACGGUGACAAGCCCCACGAGAUGAAGUGGUAA